GGGAAGCUGGAUAGGGACAAAAAUACUCUGCUCCAGACUUUUCUAUAUACCUAAACCUACUAAACCUUGUAUAAAAAUGAUGUUGCAGGCAUAGGAGGUAGAAAGAACACCAAGAGAGAGCAUCCACAAAUGUGCACUCUACAGAAGCGCGGCAGCAUCUACUUCCUGACCUUAACAGGUUCAGGCGAGCAUCGCCUGAACCCAACACUCAUCGAUUCCAUCCAAUCAGCUCUCCGCCGCAUCAAAUCUGAGCCUACCUCCCCUUCCUCCGUCCUAAUCACCACCGCUGAGGGAAAAUUCUUCUCCAACGGCUAUGACAUCGCCUGGGCCGGCAACUCACAGUCCCGCAUGAACUUAAUGGACUCCAAACUCCGCUCUCUCGUCUCCGAUCUACUCUCCCUCCCUAUGCCUACCAUCGCUGCCAUCUCCGGCCACGCUUCCGCUGCCGGAUUGAUGUUCGUCUUGAGUCACGAUUAUCGAUUGAUGAGGAAAGACCGCGGGUUUCUUUAUAUGAGUGAGCUCGAUAUAAAUAUGGUGAUUCCCGCUUGGUUCGUGGCUUUGAUCAAGUGUAAAAUAGGGGAUGCAGCGACGAGGAGGGAGAUGAUUAUGAAGGCGACGAAAUUGACGGCGGAGAUGGCGCUGAAGGGCGGAAUUGUGGACUUGGUGCACGAUAACGUGGAGGAGACUGUUAAGGCGGCUAUUGGGCUUGGGGAGGAGUUGGUGGGGCGGAAAUGGGACGGACACAUCUACGCUCAGAAUAGGCUGGUGGACGUCGGAGAGGUACUGGACAAACUUGAGACUGAAGAGACUGUAGAGGGGCAAAAUGGGAAAGACACAAAAUCCAGACUUUGAAUUUGAAGUUUUUAGUUUUUAAGCAGCGAAAGUCAAUAAUUGUAUAAUUAAUAAUUUGUUGAUCCAACAUUAUAUAUUAUGAUCAUGAAUUUGAUGAUGAAAUUUAUGGGUCAAUAAUUUUUA